UGUGCGUGUAUUUGUAUUCUGUCUUUGUCACAAUUCACAAAACUCAGCUAUAAUACUCAAUCAGUCAUCAUCUACUUCUCCCUCUGCCGUUCCAUAUAUUAAUUAAGAGAAAAAUGGAGAGCCUGUGGCGAUCGGUGACCGGCGCCAACCCGGACCCAUCAGACUAUUCCGGAGUGGAGUUCUGGUCCAACCCGGAGCGCUCCGGUUGGCUGACCAAGCAAGGCGAGUACAUCAAAACCUGGCGUCGUCGCUGGUUCGUUCUCAAACAAGGCAAGCUGCUCUGGUUCAAAGACCCUUUUGAUUCCUCCACCAGCUCCGCCAUUCCACGUGGCGUCAUCUCCACUGCCGAUUGCCUCACCGUCAAAGGCGCCGAGGACGUCCUCAACAAGCCCUUCUCUUUCGAGCUCUCCACUAGCAGGGAUACCAUGUACUUCGUGGCUGAUUCGGACAAGGAGAAAGAAGAUUGGAUCAACUCCAUCGGACGCUCAAUUGUGCAGCAUUCCAGGUCCGUUACUGAUUCUGAGGUCAUUGAUUACGAUAGCAGCAGGGCUUAAUUUCCGCCUUUCCAAUGUAAUUUUGGCUUUGCCCUUCUACUGGUAGACUGGUCCUAGGAUUUUAUUUACCAUUUGGGGGGCACUCGGCUGCAUCAUGUAUGUAUGUGAUCGUGAAGGUUGUUCGUGAAUUAGUUGAAUGGUGAUGUUAAAUUUGUGAUGUCUUUGUUUAAUCUAUUUGUAAUUAACCUUAAUGCCUUUGGUUAGCACUUUGUUAUCGUGAAUUAAAUUGUUGAGAUUGUUGUUCCAUC